CGAGACUGUUCAACAUGACCGCGACUACAACCACGCUCAGCUAGGAUAUCAUGACUCUCGACAUGGCUGUGCCACGUGCUCCCUUCGACAUGCUUCCCACAGAGAUCAUUCGUGAGAUUCUCACCUACCUCAACCAUCGUGAACUGCUCCGAACGUCUGCGGUUGCAAGAUUGCUUCACGUCCUUUGCAAAGAUCCUAAUCAAUGGAGACGUCUCUGCGAACAAAACGGACUGAUCGUCAAACUCAGGCUUGGGGUGUAUACCUGCCCAAAGCUCAUCAGACCCGAGACUACUAUUCCGACCUCUCUUUCGCAACACUCACCCAACCCCGUGCGAUGCAACUGGUAUCAGCAUUUCAAACACACGUGGAAGCUGAGCCAGAACUGGCAGACCUUGAGAUGCCGCAAAUUUCAAUUGCCGCGCUCCGCAUACGCUCAUGAGGGUCACACAGACGAUAUCUACGCGCUGCAGACGCAAGGAAAAUAUCUCGUCAGUGGUAGUCUGGACAAGACCAUCCGGAUAUGGGACCUCGACACACAUCGACUGGCCAGUGAGCCGCUACGUGGGCAUCAGGAAGAAGUGAUUUGUCUCCAAUUCGACGCACAUCGCGAUACGAACGCCAUCGUCUCUGGAGGUAGUCGUGGAGAGCUGAUCUCUUGGCGGUUUUCUCCCCCAGGAAUGCUUCGUCGCAUCGUCAAGGCCCAUGACGGAUCAAUCACCGGGCUGAAAUUCGAUCGCACACUUCUGGUAACGGCCUCUGUGGACACGAAGAUCAAGGUAUGGAGCUUGUCGACCAUACGCUUGAAAGCUCUCGAACAAAUUUCGAGCGAUACGAUCGCACCACUGAACGUCUUGACUGGCCAUGAUGGUCCCAUUAACGCCAUUGAUUUCUCCGGCGACACCAUAGUUUCGGGCGCGGCGGAUGGCACCAUGAAGAUUUGGAGCAUCGAACAUGGUGUCUGUCUGAAAUCAGUCGAAGAGCCUCGAUCUAUUGCCUGCGUCUAUUUCAAUGAACGGACAAUUAUCAGUGGGGGAAGAAACAACUCGAUUACCAUCUACGAUCGCCAUCUCCGGGCUUGGGCCUUUCUUCCCCACAACGCUAUGGUCCGGACUGUGACGGCAAUGCUGGAUGUGUCGUCGACUGGAAUCAUCAUUACAGGGGAUCAAGACGGAUCGAUAUUGGUAUGGAGAUCGGCCGGGCAUGGACAGUGGCGCUCUGUGCGGUUUGAUCCAAUCAUUCAAUCCGCGACGUGGAAUGCGAACACCUCUACCGGACAUUCUCUUUUGACUCAAAGACGGCGGAUUCUGUCGCUACAUUCAGACGGCCAACGCCUUGCGUGCUGCCCUGAAUCUUCCAACAUCGUAGGGUGGGAUUUCACAUAGAUUGAGCUUUCAAGAAAGCACGCCGACUUGGGAAUAACGUGCCCCAGCAGCAUGAUGGACAUACAUAAUGCUGGCUUUUGAUGAGACCGCAGAUAGAGAGACAACAGCUCUAAAUUGUAGGUGGAUCGGGGCAAUGACCGGAUCAGAGGCUGCAGAAAGUCAGGUAAACCCUCGGAUAGGAUGCAAAAGAAUGAGACAUCAAUUGUGCAC